AUGCCGCCAACGCCCCCUCCUUACGAAGCCAAAGUCAUCGAGGCUGCAGAUGAAUGCCCUACAACGGCCAAAUCCAGCAGAGACGUGUCCAAGGACCAUCUCCUCGCCCGCGUGAAGAAAUGCCUGAACACCGCGAAGGACACAGGCGCCACAGAGAACGAGGCCAAGGUCGCACUACAUCUGGCCUCCAAGCUUGUGACGCAGCUCAAUAUGACGCACGCAGAGGUGCUCGCGCUCGAGAAGCCAGAGGACCAGCAACAUGCCGGACAGAGCGUGGUCGCGCUGACUCGCCGCGAUGGCGACCCUACGAAGUCAGUCCAGCAAGCCUACAGGCUGAAUGAGCUCACCCACGCCAUGCGGCUUUUCUUUGACUGCAAAUGCUUCACCGAAUCUGGAAUGCGGGCCUUCAAGAUCUCCUUUUAUGGCAUCGCGGAGAACACAGUUGCUGCGGCCAACGCCUUUUGUAUGGUAUACAAUCUCGUGCAGAUGUGGUCCCGUGAGCACAAAGGCAGGACCGCCCAGAAUAGUUACUGCCAUGGCGUUUCCGUUGGGUUGCAGCGCACGGGGAAGCUAGAGAGAAAGCAAGAGGAAGCUUAUGCUGAAAAAGCCGAGCAGGAGAGAGCACGGUGGAUGUUCGAGGCCAAGCACGCUGGAGAUGCAGUCUCUGUAGACGAGAGUCUGGGCGAACGCAAUGGGUUUGGCGAAGAGGACUUUGUUUCAGAGUCGGAGAUCGCGGACUUCCACGAAGUAGAUGGCCAGAGCUACGACGAAGCCGCAAAUCUCAACGAUGCCGGGUUCGAUUCUCAUAUGAAGAGUCUGGUGGCAGAUCUGGACAAGAAGCCUGCCUCUGCGCAACUCAAGCAGCGCCAGAAUCGUGGGACGAAGACGGAGGACCUCUGCAUUUGGGCAUCGCACAAGCAGCUUGUGGUCUUUCGCAAGACAGCCAGUGACAUCGCAGACAAGUACCUGGAGAGCCGGGACAUGAAGCUGGGCAAAGCACAAAAGCGCAAGGCUGCCAGUCUUGAUCAGAGGGCUUUUGCUCAGGGCAGGAUGGAUAGCAAGAAGAUCGAUGUGCGUCAGAGGAAGAUGCUUGGUGAGUAG